AUGGAGUUUGAUGAAAUAGUCGUGAAAGAGAGCCCGGGCCUCUGCCGGUGCUGUCUUUCUGAGGGUUGUUACAAAGACUUGGGUACGGAGUACGUUUGGAUGGAUGAAACUGAGGUGUACGCCGAUAUGUUGUUAGAAUGCUUCGAUAUUAGUAUAUCCCAACAUAUAGAAGGGCCAAAUGGUCCAAGCAGGUUAAUCUGUGAAGUAUGCAUUACUCGUCUACGAGAUGCCUGUAAUUUUAAGAAGCAAGUGCUUGAAUCUGAAAAAAAGUUUAUUGACAUGCUUGGAAGAGGCGAGUUUAAAUCAAAAGUAAUAGUUUACCAAGAGCAAAUGAAAUCUGAAGACAAUAUUGAUGCUCAGGCCACUGGGGAAGCCGAAGUUGAGUUUCUGGAGGAAGAUAUUGAUUACGAUGACGGUCCAAAUAACGAUGUAUCAGAGCCGACAGUAUCUGAAGAUAUAACCGUAGCAACAUUACCAAUAAAAGGCAAAAGGGGCAGACCCCGAAAGAAUGCUGUGAAGCCGGAGAAGAAAAAAUCUAAAAUUGAGGAUAAACCGAAAACUAAAGUAGUUAGAGGUGAAAAACGCCCACAGAUGGCACCCGAGGCAGUGAGUAAGUCCUCUAUGUCUACGACGAAAAGAAAUCGUCUCAUGAAAAGAAAUGCUAUAACGAUUCUCGAAACUUCCACAGUCGUACCGUUUAAGUGGCAUAGACACAACUACCUUUGCUUCUUCUGCCACAGAUCUUUUAAAACCCUAGAGCCUUUAAAAGAACAUACUAGGAACGAUCAUAAGGACUCUAGCAUAAAAUCAGCCGUCUCCUACCUAAAAAGGGACGAAAAAGUCAAAAUUGACGUUUCCCAAACAGUAUGUCGAAUUUGCGACGAAAAUUUUGACGAUGUUAACACGUUUGUUGCUCAUGUGAAAUCUAUUCAUGAGAAGGUUUUCGCAGAUUGCGGUAACGGUGUGAUUCCAUACAAAUUGCAGGAUGAUAAAUAUAAAUGUGCCAUGUGUGGAAAGGAUUUUGAGUAUUUUAUCAAACUUAAUCAGCACAUGAAUGAGCAUUUUGGUCAUUACGUGUGCGAAUUGUGUGGGAAAUCGUUUUUGAGUCAGGAUAGGUUGAGAUGCCAUGCGGUCAGUCAUGGUUCCCAUUUCAAAUGUAAUUUUUGUUCGGAAAUCUUCGAUUCUCUCACACGAAAGAAUAACCACGAAAUGGCAGUUCAUAACAAAAAGCCAACGAUCAAAUGCUUCUUCUGUCCGGAAACCUUCCAAAAUUACAUAAAGCGUAAACGACACCACCACACCGCCCACGAUUUGGACAUUUCACUCAUAAAUUGUCCGGUUUGCGGGAAAACUUUCCAUAUUUUGAGCAAAAUGUCCGCUCAUUUAAAGGAAGUUCAUGUGAGAGAAAAGAACUUUGCAUGCUCCAUAUGCGAUCAGAAGUUUUUCUCGCGCACUCACGUUCAAAAACACAUGAUCAAACAUGUAGGUGAGAAAGUAUAUCAGUGCGAGAUUUGUAAGAAGUCCUAUGCAAGGAAACAAACUUUGCGAGACCAUAUGCGUAUACAUAAUAACGAUAAACGGUUCGUCUGUACGUUUUGUGAUCAGGCGUUCGUCCAAAAUAAUAGUUUGAGGUUGCAUAUGAAAGUGCACCAUCCUGAUGCCAUAAAUAAU